UCAUGAGCGGUGAGCUGGAAGUAAGACUGUCCUAUGAUGAGCGCGCACCGGUGCCGGCUGUGGGGGGUAGAGGACGCUGACUGAACCGGUUAUCUUGGUAUAUCAAAGUCCUUUUUCAAAGUGUUUCGUGUUUUUAAUGUAGAUAAAUCUUUAAAGAGUUUGACUGAUUAAAUAAAUUAAAAUAAAAUCCCGAGGAUGCUUACAGACAUGAUUGUGGAGGAAGAAUUUGAGAUAAAGGAGGAGGAACCGUGGUACGACAAGCAAGACCUUGAACAUGACCUGCAGCUGGCAGCCGAGCUGGGGAAGACCCUUCUGGAGAGGAACAGGGAGCUGGAGCAGGGGCUCAAGCAGAUGUACUCCAACAACCAGGAACAACUGCAGGAGAUCGAGUACUUGACAAAGCAGGUGGACCUCCUCAGACAGGUUAACGACCAGCACGCAAAAGUGUACGAGCAGCUCGACCUGUCGGCCCGAGAGCUGGAGCAGAGCAACCACAAACUUGUUCUGGACAACCGGGCAGCCGAGCAGAAGAUCCAAGGGCUUACAGAAACAGUGGAGCUACUGCAGAUGCAGGUGGAGGAGCUGCAGCAUCAGGUGGAGGAGCUGAAGCUGAGUCCCUUUCCACCUCAGAAACCUUCACACAGAGAGAGCUGGCCUCGCAGCACUCACAGCGUGUCCUGCCUGCAGGAGCUGCAAAACACACUCAGGUACGACUACGAUCCCGACAAACCCUCAAAGGAUAUCGAGCCGUCUACCACAUCAUGGCAGGAAGAGGAGCAGGACUCGCUGCGACAGUCCCUCCAUGCUCUUCAGACACAGUUUGCCACUGAGCGUGCUCGGAGGGAAGAAGCAGAGCGAGAGGCUGAGCUGCUCGCCAGAGAAAAUGCAGAGCUGGAGCAGCAGCUGGCCGGGAUGGCAGGAUGUCAGGCCAGACUGUCUGAGCUGGAGCGCGAGGCGGAGGAGCUUCGUCAGCUCUGGAAAUCAGAAUCCUCUACAAGAUGCAACAGGCCAGACGUCCUCCACGGCCUGCUGCCACACACAGUGUUCCUCAACCCAGAGGAGGAGAAUGACGGAGAGGCAUCUUUGGCUAAAAGCCCCGCGGUCCUGAAGCGCUGGAGAAGUGAGCGGCUGAUGAAGGCGACGCAGAUGCCAGACUCUCCUGACAGGGUCUAUGACCACGAGUGCUCCUGCGUGCGCCGGGCCGAGGUAGUGAAAUAUCGCGGGAUCUCGCUGCUCAACGAGGUUGACGCCCAGUACAGCGCCUUGCAGGUGAAGUACGACGAGCUGCUUCGGCGCUGCCACUCUGAGGAAGACGAGCAGGACAAACUGAGCCACAAGUCAGUGCAGACUGCAUCCUUCAUCGCCACCACAUUCCCUCCUCUGACAGGCAGGGAGGGCUUUGAGGAUGACUUUCACCAGCCGGAGUACAAGAAACUCUUCAGGGAAAUUUUCUCCCGCAUCCAGAAAACCAAAGAAGACCUGAUUGAAAGCCGGGGGAAACACUCAGCUGGGAAAGCUCUGCCUAAUUAAACACUUGUAAAAAGUUAAAAGGGGGGGAAACAAGAACAAAAUAACCGUCUAAUAACCGUCUUCCUGUUUUGGAACAGCUCUUCGAAAGACUUUUAUCUACCCAGAAACUGUGAUCGCCGCACAAACAGCUUAACAGAUAAGGGCAACACAGGAACACAAAGGCUAACACCACCAGCUCACGUCGCAGAUGUGGCUCGUUUUGCACAGAAAUACCAGUGCCUGACGCCACCGUCUCUACUGUGCAAUCGCUUUACCUCAAUUUGCGAAAACGUGUUCACAAACAACCUCCUGGGUGAAAUUUUCUGGGGGAAAUUGUCUUCCUUUAAGCCAACUAGUUUGAGUCACACAGUUUCCUUUUAGAGAAGAAGCAUUCUAAAGUAAAAUCAUCAAGUUCCCAGUAAAGAUGCAAAAUUCUAGAAAAUAUAGAAAGUGUACGUCUUCCUUAGAGUAAAUACUUCCUGGAAAUCAAACCACAUCAAAGCUUGAACUUAGGCUCUGUGACAUUUGUUCUAGACUAAGGUAACACCCAACAAGUAGUCUGAAACAUUAAGUGUUUUAAUUUUACUGUCGGAGAAGACAAAUAUCCCAAAAAAGUACACAUUCAAGAAGCUAGAGCUGGGACUUUUAGCUUCUUUAUUGAAAAAACAGCAGUGGUCCACUGUUUUCUGAUUCUGCUCCGUUUAUGGUUACAACCAGCCGUUGAUGGAAAUCUUCGCCCUUUAGCCUAUCGGCGCUCCACCAGCUUCUUGUUAACGGUGCGUCUCAGAGGUGCUGAGCAGGUAUUGUGCUGAGACCAGAAAGGGAACAAAAGCAAUAAAAGUUGUUGGCCAGGCAGCUAAACAAUGACAGCGUCUCGUCUCAACUCUUUGGAUCACAUGAUCACAAUCGCUUUUAUAUAUUAACUCCAAAUGGCGUUGCUCUUUCUGGGAAAUUUCCAACAUCAUUAUUAGGAAAUUAUGGACCUGUGAAACAGAAGACCAUGUCUGUUUUGGGAUUUUUUUGUUUGUUUGUUUGUUUGUUUUUAACAGAGCUCAUGUGAGCUGAAAUACUUUAUAAUUUAUGGUUUUCUUCUCCACUGUAGCAAAAAAGUGAAUUUCUCGAUGGUAGUUUUCCUGCACUUGUUAGAGUCACCAUUGCAAGGUUGACUAAGUCUGGGUAUACAAUGAAUGACGUAUUUGUGAUGGAGUUCAGAGGUGAUUUUAGGUGCUCUAAUAUAUUAGGGUUUUUGUAACUGAUGCAUUAUCCUCCUGAAUUUAUACUUGAUUGUCUUAUGGUAGUUUAGAUGGCUGUAAGCGAAUGUUAUAAUAAAGUUUACCAAAAUAUUAACUGUGUACUUGAUAAUAUAACCUGUAACGGUGUCUUGAAGCUUUUUCUUAGCAGCACUUCUGUUGCUUCUGCUGCCCGAUGUUCACGAGUCCUUGUUCAGCUUAAUAACUGUGCACUGCUGUAUCUGUAGAUGUCUGUAAAAUCUCAAUGAGAUGCACUUUAGAAUUGCACAGGCGUUUUCAAUGCUCUUCUGACACUUUGCGCGUGUGUUGUAAAUGUAGCUAGCUAAUGCUACAUGUGAUGUGCUACUGUCUCCUUCAGAGACCUGAAUAAUCUGCUGUGUUUUUCGCUGUUUCGUGGUUAAUGUUACUUCUCUGAGCCAUUAAAACAUGAAGCAAGCUGAGA